AUGUCUGAAGAUAAUAAUAAUAAUAAUAAUAAAAUUCAUUUACCAAUAAAAAUUUUUAAUUGUCAAGAAGUUAAAAAACGUAUACAUGAAAUUCUUCAUGAUAAUUUACAUGAUAAACAAUAUGAUUUAAAUCAAUGUAAUUUUUUAGCUAAAAAUCUUUCAAAUAUUAUUAAAAAUUCAUUAAAAAUAUUUGGUUAUGAACGUUAUAAAUUUAUAAUACAAAUUAUUAUUUGUCAACAACAUAAUGAAAAUUUACAAAUGAUUUCUCGAUCAUAUUGGGAUUCUGAAACAGAUAAAUUUGCACAAUCAAUUUAUAUUAAUCAAUUUUUAAUAUGUGUUGCAACAGCUUUUGCUGUAUUUUAUUAUUAA